AUGGUUUAUGGUCCCGAAGAGGAGGCAGCCGAGGGACACUUGGGGCGUCUGGGGUGCCUGGAGCGCCUGCAGCCGGACAUGUGGCGAGAUGGGGCCUCCAGCUGCGUGGGUCCUGUCCGCAUCCACCGCACAUGCCGCACAGAGAGCUGUCCCGAGGGUGCCCGUGACUUCCGGGCAGUGCAGUGCUCGGAACUUGAUGCCCAGGAGUUCCGGGGAAGACGCUACACGUGGCUGCCCUAUUACGGGGCCCCAAACAAGUGUGAGCUGAACUGCAUCCCGCAGGGGGAGAGCUUCUACCACACGCACAGGGAGGCCGUGUUGGAUGGGACACCAUGUGAGCCAGGCCGGCAGGACGUGUGUGUGGAGGGGCACUGCCGGGCUGUUGGCUGUGACCUCAAUCUGGACUCGUCCGUGCAGGAGGACAAGUGUCUGCAGUGCGGGGGCCACGGGACAACCUGCUACCCCGUCACAGGUGUCUUUGAUGCCAAGGACCUCAGCAGAGGAUACAACCAGAUGCUGGUCAUUCCCGUGGGGGCCACCAGCAUCCGCAUCGAGGAGGCGGCUGCCAGCAGGAACUUCCUGGCGGUGAGGGGAGUCCACGGCAAAUACUACCUCAAUGGGCACUGGAGCAUCAAGGCCGCCCAGGCCCUGCCCGUGGCCAGCACCAUCCUGCACUAUGAGCGGGGAGCCGAGGGGGACCUGGCGCCCGAGCGGCUAUACGCGCGAGGCCCCACCUCGGAGCCGCUGGUCAUCGAGCUCAUCAGCCAGGAGCCCAACCCCGGUGUGCACUACGAGUACCACCUGCCCCUGGGAGCUCCCCAACCCCGCUUCAGCUGGAGCCACGGUUCCUGGGAGCCCUGCAGUGCCCAGUGUGGAGGAGGCUACCAGUCCCGUGCUGUGUUCUGCACCUCGGACAACGAGGCCUACCCAGACCACAUGUGCCAGCUGCAGACCCGGCCAGCUGGCCGCCGCCCCUGCAGCCUUCAGCCCUGCCCUCAGACCCGACGCUGGGAGACAGGCCCCUGGACACCCUGCUCGGCCUCCUGUGGGGGCGGCUCCCAGUCACGCUCUGUCUUCUGCGUCUCAUCUGACGGGGCUGGUGGCCAGGAGGCGACCAGCGAGGCCGAGUGUGCAGGCCUGCCGGAGAAGCCCCCCGCCACGCAGGCUUGCCAGCUGCAGCGCUGCGCGUUCUGGCAUGCAGAGCCCUGGGGAGAGUGCUCCGUGAGCUGCGGCCCUGGGGUGCGGGUGAGACGUGUCACCUGCAGGGCUGAGCAGGGCUCCCUGCUCCAUGCCCCAGCCUGCUCCGUGGACGAGCGGCCGCCCCUCACCGAGGCCUGUGUGCUUGACGACUGCCCCCACCACGGUGACCAGGCAUGGCUCGUGGGUGCCUGGGGUCUGUGCUCAAAGAGCUGCAACUCGGGUGCCCGGAGGCGCCAGGUCAUCUGUGCCCUUGGCCCCCCUGGCCGCUGCCGGAACCUGCAGCUGUCCAAGCCCGCGGACACGGAACCCUGUAACACGCAGCCCUGCCACCUGCCCCCGGGGGUCCCCAGCGUGCCAGCUGCACACUCCAGCCCCAGAGAACCCCGGGUGUCUCUAAGUCCUCGGGCGGCCUCUGUCUCAGGGCCUGGUUUGGGGGCCCAGGACUGCAGGCACAGCCCCCAUGGGUGCUGCCCAGACAGCCACACAGCCUCUCUGGGCCCACGGUGGCAAGGCUGCCUUGAGACCUCCUGUGAGCAGAGCAGGUUUGGGUGCUGCCCUGAUGGAGAAUCUGCGGCUGAGGGGCCCCGCCAGGCCGGUUGCACGCGCUCAGACCAAGGCAUCCUCCCAGGGAGCAGGCCGGGGCCCCGAGCACUGUCUCCUGAGGUGCCCCAGGCCCAGCGGCCCCAGGCCCAGCAGAGCGAGCCCCAGGAGUGCCGAAGCUCCCAGUUCGGCUGCUGCUAUGACAACUCAGUCCCUGCAGCUGGCCCCCAGGGGGAAGGCUGUGUGGGCCAGCCCAGCUACGCAUACCCGGUGCGGUGCCUGCUGCCCAGCGCCCUCGGCUCCUGCACGCACUGGGCUGCCCGCUGGUACUUCGUGGCCUCUGUGGGCCGAUGCAACCGCUUCUGGUAUGGCGGCUGCCAUGGCAACGCCAACAACUUUGCCACAGAAGAGGAGUGCAUGAGGAGCUGCCAGGGCUCCCAGCAGCCUUCGUCUUCCGGAGAGCCGCCUCGUACUCCGGCCUGGGGGGGAGGGGCCUGGGACCAGGAGCUGGGGUACCGAGGCUCCGGGCAGCCAGCGCCCCCUCCCCACGGCUCGUCCCACAGGGUUGGCCUGGCUGGCGCGGAGCCAUCCCUAGUGCAAGCAGUCGCGGGCCAGUGGGUGCAUCUCAACUGCCCAGAUGACUCCCCGCCGGACCCCCGUGCAGUUUGGUGGAAAGACGGGCGACCCCUCUCCUCCGAAAGGCACAUGAGGCAGCCAGACGGUUCCCUGAUCAUCAGCCCGUUGCUGACGGAGGAUACAGGCACCUAUAGCUGUGGCCCUGCUGGACCCGGCAGGGACUCGAGUCUCCAGCUGCGUGUCACGGGGGGUGAUGGGGCGGUGCUGACUGAAGCUGAGCCCAGGUACCCUCAGACUGGAGACUCCAGCCGCGGGGAGAAUUCUGGGGGUCGGAGGGUCAUCUCCUCGCACCCUGGGCCCACAACCAGGCUGCGUCUGGACCGGAACCAGCCUGGGGUGGUGGACGCCCACCCGGGCCAGCAGAUCCUCUUGCCGUGCCGUGCCGAGGGUGACCCACCCCCAACCAUCGAGUGGCAACGGGACGGACAGACCCUAUACCCCCCCAGAUACCAGCUGCAGCUCGACGGCUCUCUGCUGGUCAGGGAUGUGGCACCGGAAGACGGGGGCUUCUACGCCUGCGUGGCUUCCGACGGGCGUGACCGAGACCAGCGGUGGGUCCAGCUGCGAGUGCUGGGGGAGCUGACCAUCACAGGGCUGCCCCCCGCAAUGACGGUGCCAGAGGGUGACACGGCCAGGCUGCUGUGUGUGGUGGCAGGAGACAGCGCCAACGUCAGGUGGUCGCGCAAUGGGCUUCCGGUGCAGGCCGAUGGACAUCGUGUGUACCAGUCUCCGGAUGGCACGCUGCUCAUCCAUAACCUGCGGGCCAGGGACGAGGGCUCCUACACGUGCAGUGCUUACCGGGGGAGCCAGGCCGUCAGCCGCAGCACUGAGGUGAAGGUGGUCCCACCAGCUGCCCGGCCCUGGGACUCCAGCAGGGACUGCAUUGACCAGCCGGAGCUGGCCAACUGCGGCCUGAUCCUGCAGGCCCAGCUCUGCGGCAAUGAGUAUUACUCCAGCUUCUGCUGCGCCAGCUGUUCCCGCGUCCAGCCCCAAGCGCAGCCUGUCUGGCAGCAAGGCUGAAGGCUUGCUCUAGUUCCAGCUCCAAACAACGCCUAGGGCCUAGGAGAGAAGGGAAGCUGGACUCUUGGCUCUCCUGGCACUGGCUGGCUGGC